UGUAUUUUUUUCUGGUUUUUCAAAUGCACUUUAUUUGUUUUUAUUUCAUGCACAUGUUGGUUCAGAUAUUUAAUAAGACUUAACUUGAAUUGCAUUUGUACUGAGAACUUAUGGAGGGGGGAAAAAGUGACUAGAUGUGAUGUGAUUGUGCACAGAUUUCAUGCAGCCUUGUCUAUAAUUAAAGCAUCCUUAUCUGUCUGCUCAACGUAGACCGAAUAAUUGUGGAUAAUUUGCUUGUAUGUUAAUGGCUGUUGAGAGCUGACAUGUGGUCCUGUGUUUUCACUGGAGAGAAGAAGGGAGGAGGGACUUCACAGCACAGCCUGCAGUAAUGGCACUACAAUGGAGAGAGGGUGCCAAGAGGGAAAACGAAACACACACACACACACUCACUCACUCACUCACACACACACACAUACACACACACUGAAAAGGAUGGGGGUCGAUGAGGGCACAUGGAAAGCUGAUUUUGAAUUCUUAUGUAUUCACUUAUUUGUCAUAGUUGCACAAAAACAAAAUGCGUAAAAUAGAUGACAGCAGUGCACCUCCUGUAGCUGUCCUCAGAAACUCUUACUAAUGAGUGUGUGUGUGUGUGUGUGUAUUAUGGGGAAGAAGGGGGGGGUCUCUAGCUGGGAAGGGAAGGACUCAAUUGGGGAGAGGGAGGCUAAUCGCUCCCAGAUGUGUGCUGUGAAAACAUAUGGUUUCCGAUAGCCACUGUGAUGCACAAGAAGAAUGUGUGUGUGUGUGUGUGUGUGUGUGUGCUGGUACACAAACACACAGGGACACACACACACACACACAUUCACAGAUUUAUUGAUACACAUGCAGAACUUGUGCAAACACCGUCUCAGUCACGUCUUUGCAUCCACUGUGGAGUCAUCAAAAUCUGCAUGCAGUAAUACAAAGAGUGUGUGAGAGAAAGAGUGUGUAGAAAGAAAAAAGAAAAAAAAGAGGUCCAAAUUAACCGCUUAGUGCUGUGUGCAUGAAAUAGUUCACGGAGUUGCAGCAGAGGAGGAGCAUUCAUAUUUUCCACAAAGUGGAAAAGUAGUUUAGUCAGUGUUGCAGGAAGCUAAGGUAAUGGAUUUUACUGUGUGUAACACUUUCACACUGUGACAUCCAGGGUUUCAUUCAAGUACUAAUCUGCUUUACCAGUCUGUGAUGGUGUCAGUGUUCCUGUUUUUCUGUCCACAUGUCAUUUUCACUCAACCUGAGAGGCUCUUUUGCUUGGUGGAGUGAAGAAGAAAGAAAAAGGGAGAAAGAGAAGGAGGAGGAGGAGGAGGAGGAGGAGGGGGUUCGAGGAAAUGACCAGUGAGGGCGACAGAAGGGAAAUGAAGGAUGUGGAGACAGACAGAGAGAAGGAGGGAGGGAGGGAUGAAGAAAACCCAGAGAGCGAGGGGUGGGGUUGAGGGGUCCUCUGUUUCUUUUCCUGGAAUGCAGCCCCGAGACUGUCUGCUGCAGCGAGGAAAAGUAGGAAAACAGAGGGAUUGUUCUUAGGAAGACAGACGUGCCACAUUCUUGCUGUCAGAGUUUUCUCCCCCUCUUUUUUUUAUUUUUUUAUAACUUGCUGUGGCUGUUUGAGGCCAGUGGAAGAAGAAGCGGGGGUGAGAGAUGAAGGAGGGCAGAGAGUGGAGUGUUCAAGUCAGUCUACCUCCCAGAGUGACCAUGAGAGUCCUCCUACUAAUCUGCAUGCCAGUUCUGCUGCUCGCCCAGGCCCAGUACCAGGAACCUGUUCACUAUUUGGAGGACUAUGGGCUGGAUUAUAAAGAGUCUGAACCUUUUCCUGGAACCUACCAGCAGCAAGUUCGACUUGAUCCAGUGGUCCGUCCAGAAAAAUCAGAGUCCGAUCUGGAGACAGAGCCCACAGAGCCUGGCCCUCUUGAUUGCAGAGAGGAGCAGUACCCCUGCACCAGACUCUACUCUGUUCACAAGCCAUGCAAGCAGUGCCUGAACAGUCUCUGCUUCUACAGUUUGCGACGGGUGUACGUCAUCAACAAGGAGGUUUGCGUGAGGACUGUGUGUGCACAUGAAGAGCUGCUCAGAGCGGACCUGUGUCGUGAUCAGUUCUCUCGCUGUGGCGUGGCAGCGCUGAGCGGCCAGUGUUCAUCACUAGGAGGAAGCUGUGGGAAGAGCUGUGGUGGCUGCUGAUUGAGUACAGAGAUCAGGGACGCUACCUGCCCAGAUACUGCCGCCUUUUCUCCCACAUCCUCAUCCUUUUGUCCUCCUCGAAGUUUCUCCUCACUUUGCAUUUUGACUCUUCCUGUACGACUCAUUACUCCUGUGCCAAAAGCACUUCUACAUUUGAAGUUGUUCUGUUUAUCUUUGUCUUUCCACAUGUAUGGCUGCACAGUAGACCCUGUGUGUAUAGAUAAAUAUACUCCAAAGAACAUUGAUGAUUGUAUGAAUCACUGGUGCUAUAAAAUCAUCACACUGGUGCUAUAAAAACUAUUAGAGAUGCACAUAAAAACUGCGGAACAUCUUUUUUCUACUAUUAUUAUUAUUAUUUUUUGGCAUAUUGUACCGUAUUAAUCUCAUGCUUUGUGUUUGUUGAUAUGUUACUGUACUUGUGUUGAAAAGCAGUCAUUGUCGUGACGAUCAACUCAUCAACGGUGGCCACUGUGUGCACUGACAUCACUGACAGAACGAAUCAAUAUCCAGCCGCCUAACAGUCUCAUUGUUGAAGAUCGUGAGAUGUGUGAAGAAACAGGUGGCGAGUGACCUCAGUUUUUGUAC